AUGUCGCACAAUCCAAAUCCUAAUGCUGAUACAUCAGGUUUUAAUUAUCCAAGUGCAGCUGGUAAACCAACAAAUGUCGAUCAAACUCAUUUCGGUAAUGUUCCUAUAAGUUCUAAUUCGGUUGUAGAAUCAUCAUCAUCAGUACCUAUGACAACUACACAUCCAACAUUACAUAGUCAUGUGGGACCAUCUAUCGAUCGAAAUUUUGGCAAAUUAGGUAGUGAACAUGGCGGAGCAGGAACAAGAGCAGAUGAUCGAAAAGGUGAAAUAGUUAAGAAUGAAGGCGAUACAACACAAUCAACUGCUGAACAUUAUCAACGACCAUUAUGA